GCACAAGCGAUCUUCAAGCUUCAUCUUAUUCCUACUCCAAAUUUCCCGUACAAUUUCGCCCUCAACUCUCUCUUCCUAGUCAGAUUCACCAAAAAUGGGUCGCGGUGGUGGUGGUCGCGGUGGUGGCGGUGGAUCCAGAGGCGGAGGCGGUGGUUUCUUUUCUAAAGGCACCUCUUCCAGCAAGUCUUCCAAGUCAGGUUUGUUUUCUAAAAGCAACACUCGUUCAAGCAGGUCUUCUAAGCCAGCUGCAAAAGCCCCGACUCCUGCUACUACUCCUGCUCCUGCCCCUGUACCAGCUGCAAAGGAUUCUACAACUGGACUAGGAGCAGCCGUUGCCGAUGGAUUUGGCUGGGGUUUUGGAAGUUCCAUGGGCCGUAGGAUUAGUGAUUUUGUAAUGGGUCCCCGGGAAUCUGUAGCAUAUGAAGCUCCAACCGUAUAUGCUCAAAGUGAGAAUACCCUUGGAGGUUCUGACGUCUGCUAUGACUCCAUGAAGACCUUCAAGGAUUGCCUGAACAGCAAUGUAAAUGACAUCAGCAAGUGCCAGUUCUACAUGGAUAUGCUUUAUAAGUGUCGUGGGAACUCAGACUCCGCUGCACUCUGAACUCAGAGGACAAUGCUGAUAAAACCAUCAAUGAUAUCUUCGAGUUGGAUUGAUUUCUGUUAGUAUGAUCUAUUCUAGUUAUCCUGCAGCAAACAUUAUGUUUAAGUGUUUAACCCUAUGUCCUUGAAUAGUAGGUUGAUCUUUUGACUUGAACAAUUACUCUAGUGAUUUUCUGUAGGUUGAAAUAUCAGUAUAGGAGUACUAACUUUCUAAGCAGCAAGUUGAGCAAAUGCUGUCUAUUUUGGCUGAGGAGUAUUCUUUUCCCUAGUAAAACUUCCUUUAGUUA